AUGAAUGGCCCAAUUGAAGGAGCAAUCAAAUCUCGAGCAGCAUCUAUUUUCGCCUUGCCUUCAUUGGCCAACAUGAGCAAAAAGUCUAGAAAGCUUCACAGGACUAAAGGGAGAAAUAACAAUAGGCAAUGCAGGAAACUGGGAUUGGUGCCAAACUCCGGAAUGGACAUUGUUCCAAAUGUUCAAAAUCCUUGGUCAGUUGGAAUGCUCGCAAAGCGUCUAUGGCAUCGUCGUCUACCAUGGAACCGGAGGAGCAAUGUUGGUAUUGUUUAUACCUCGUUUUGGACUGAUGGAAGGAAACGACCCUUGGAUCUUUUAGAAGUAGCUGGGACUUCAAAGAAACAAAGAAUGAUUAUCAAGGGAAAUAAUCCAACAAUAAUUCCUCAGGUAAUGGCUCUUGAGACUAACUUGAAUGUGUCUAAUACUGAUAAUGAAAUAGAAUCUGAAAAAGGUUUUGCGGUGGUUGAACCAAAUCAACCGCCUUUGUUCAUAUGA